UCUGCCAUUUCAGGUGUCUUAACAGGCAUUCAAUCCGACGGCAAAUGAAGUCCUUUCUAUUCGGACUCUUACUGUUUGUGGGCCUGACGUAUAUGUUUGUCCUAAACGUGUAUUUGUCGACAACCGACACAUACGUGACGAACAAACUGCCGAAGAAGAACACAUACGGACGCGCCCAACGCUCCAACUGGUCGGCCAACCCGUACGACACGUCCGGUCUGGCGGCCGACGACUUGAGCGCACUCAUCAACAUCACUGACUUUAAGUUCGUGAUCAACAGUAAUCGGUGCGCAAUCGGCGCCCACGACAAGACCCAAUCGGUCGGUGACGGACCCGACGGCAUAUUUGUGGUGGUGUUCGUCCACUCGGCGCCAAUCAAUUUCGACAAACGCCGGUCAAUACGCCAGACGUGGGGCAAUGAGCGCAACGUUCGCCACAAUCGCAUGCGUGUCGUAUUCCUCGUGGGCUCCGUCGCCGACCCGUCCGUCCAGAAGAGUCUAAUGAAAGAGAGCGAACAGUUCGGUGACUUAGUUCAGGGCAACUUUCGCGAUAGCUAUCGAAACUUGACGUACAAACACGUAAUGGGUCUCAAAUGGAUCGUCUAUUUCUGCCAAAACGCCAAAUAUGUGUUUAAGACGGACGACGAUAUCUUCGUCGACAUCUUUCAACUCAUCUUCUAUUUGAAGGGAACGUUUGGGAACUCAUAUCCGCCAAAGAAUCUCAUGAAUUGUUAUGUCAUAACCAAUCCGUACCCGAAGCGCAGCCAACGCAGCAAAUGGAGGGUCACUUUUAAGGAAUAUCCGGCAAAGUAUUACCCGCCGUACUGUUCCGGUUGGGGUAUUCUCAUGUCGCCGGACGUGGUGUUCAAACUGUACGUAUCGUCGCGACAGUUCCCCUUCUUCUGGGUGGACGACGUCCACAUAUCGGGUGUAUUGGCCCGACAUAUAGGCGUCACUCACAUAGACUUCACGCCCAAACUGGCGCUCGGCGACAACGAGAUCGAGGACUGGCUCUCCAACGAUAAGCUCUCGAUUCCACCCCUCUUUGGACACCCGGACAGCGAUCUGAAGACAAUUUACUCGCUCUGGAAUAAGACCGUCAAAUACUAUCGGUUUAAAUACAAAUAUAUUCUCUAAUCAUUUAGGAUUUUAAUAAUUUUAUCAUUUAUUUCUCAUUUUAUUAUUGUUCAGUAAUUUAAUAAUUAGAUAAUUUAUUAUUUGUUUUGUAAAUAUAUAUAACAAAAAUGAAACAAACACUGAACGGCUCGUCUCAAAGGCAACGGACACUUAAUCCCAAACUCUGAAACCAAACGCUUCCAACAAAUAAUACAAAACAUGUUUUAGUUUAGAGACAAUUGUAAAUCAUUGACUUUUUUCUGCAGUAUUGAUGCAAAUAUUUUGUGAUUUUUUGUCAUUUAAUAGGAAGUCAUGGUUUGCAAAAUUAAUUUUGAUGUCAUAAAUCGUAUGCGAAAAACAAUGUUAAUUGAGAUUUGUUAGUAUUAUUUGUUACAAUCACAUAAGAAAUUAUACUCAAAAGUGUUGCGUUGAAUGUGAGGGGCGGACAGUGUUUUUUAAGGGUCUCAAUACCUGUAACCUAGCUCUCUCUCUCUCUCUCUCUCUCUCUCAC